AUGUCGCAAGGGAUGACCGUGACGGUGCCGCAUCUGCCCGGUUUCCUUGUCUCUUCGGGUCUGGAGUACUACAGGAACCCUCCCACCAAGCGAGUGCUCUCGGCAUCGGCCCCAUCGCCCUCAUCGGCCGUGGCCCAAAGCGCGCAGCAGGACGUCAACAAGGAAUGGGACAGUCUCAUCGCCGACAUCCAAGCACAUCUGGCGAAGGGACGUUCCGAUGCGGCCCUGUGGGUCCAUGAGCUAAAGCUGUCAAAGCGUUACGAAAGCUGCUCGAAGCUACGCCAGAGGGUGAAGACAGCUGGUGGCAUUUGCAAGAUCAUAGCCACGAUGCAGUUCGCUUCUGCUUUCAAUGAAGCGCGCACAUGGAAAUUCACCUACUCGUACUGCGAUGAACACUCCUGGACACCCUCGACAACGACAGCCAGCACAGGCUCGGCAAUCAGGACCCCCGAAUGCUGGCCAGAAUAUACUCCAUCUCAGGAUCGCCCUGCCUGA